AUGACAAUCCAUCAUCAUCCAUCCACCCACCCCAACAAGGAACGCAAACCACGUCAUCAGGCAACACCAUUCAUUCUUUCAAACCCGGCCAAACAGCCAGCAAUCCGUCCCCAACCCAACCAACCAAGUGCUCUGCCCUGCCCUGUCACAGUCCACAGUUCAGUACCUAUCCAGCUAGAUCUUAAACCCAACUCACUCAACCCAGCCCGCCGCGUGGACCCAUCCCAUCCCACCCCAUCGUAUGCACUAUGUAUCAUACACAUCCUCGGAAUCCGCACUCCUCUUAAUAUUGAUGUGGACCCAACCAAUCCCAUGCAAUCCCGCCCCCUCGCCCAGACUUUCCUUCCGUUUCACCCACGAGUCCGCUCACGAUCAUUCGCUGUGGCGUCGGAUGUCCGCGUGGAUCGUCGCAUCGCAUCGCAUCGCCACGUACUGGGUGGGCACUGUGGUCCGGUCCUGAUGAUGAUCGAUCAUCGGUGGGUAAUCUCGUUUUUGGGCCUGGGGUGGGUGAAUGGGCCCGUGAAGUGA